GAUUGAUUUCAUUUCAGGCUCCAGCACUAGCGUGAUCUGUUUUAGCUGCUGCGUAGCUCAGGACUUACGAGAGCCAGUGUUCGAUUACUGCUGGCUGUCGCUUGUCUUAUGGCGCACUCCCUGCGGCUCUGCUGUGCACAGCGGCUUCUCUCCUCCUCCCGUGCGAUUUUGCAGCCUGCGUCGCCGUCGUCGCAGCAGCUUUCGCAGCAGGGUCAAGCGAUCAGUGGCGUGCGACUAGCUUUGUCGCAAGCGCAGCAGCCCAUCACACGGUGGUCGUCGCGAAGCGCUGUGUCGGUGAGCGCGUCGAGCGGGUCAUCUGUCAUGGAGGCGGAGACCGGAAAUGCCGCUAGCGCGGCGGAGAAGGCCCCGCUAUUGACGGACGCGCGGGCGCUGAUCGACAGCGUGGAGACGUUCCUCUUCGACUGCGACGGUGUGAUCUGGAAGGGCGAUAAGCUCAUCGACGGAGUGCCGGAGACCCUUGACAUGCUGCGAGCAAUGGGCAAGCGACUGGUGUUCGUGACGAACAACUCGACCAAGUCGCGCAAGCAGUACGGCAAGAAGUUCGAGUCGCUGGGCCUCGCCGUCACUGAGGAGGAGAUAUUCGCUUCGUCGUUCGCAGCGGCGGCGUAUUUGACGUCGAUCAACUUCCCGGCGGACAAGAAGGUGUACGUGAUGGGCGAGCAGGGCAUCCAGCUCGAGCUCGACCUCGCCGGCAUCAACCACAUCGGAGGCCCGGAGGAUGGGAAGAAGUCAAUCGACCUGGGCUUGGGCAAAUACAUGGAGCAUGACGCUGAUGUGGGAGCAGUGGUGGUGGGCUUUGACCGCUACGUCAACUACUACAAGCUGCAAUACGCCACUCUGUGCCUGCGUGAGAACCCUGGCUGUCUGUUCAUCGCCACCAACUGCGACGCCGUGACGCACCUGACGGACGCGCAGGAGUGGGCGGGCGGUGGCACAAUGGUGGGUGCCAUCAAGGGGUCCACCAAGAAGGAGCCCGUGGUGGUGGGCAAGCCCUCCACCUUCAUGAUGGAUUAUCUUGCCCAGAAGUUUGGCAUCGCCAAGAACCAGAUCUGCAUGGUGGGCGACCGCCUUGACACCGACAUUCUCUUUGGCCAGAAUGGCGACUGCCGCACGCUGCUCGUGCUCUCAGGAGUGACGACUCUGGAGACCCUCAACAGCCCUGACAACACCAUCCAGCCUGACUUCUACACCGCCCAGAUCAGCGACCUGCUCUCUGCUGCUCCCACUCCACAAUAGAUGCAGCUGGACAUUAGGCGCAGCUGCAUCAUAAGCAAGUUGACAUAGGCACCUAAAAACUCUCUGUUUGCAUCUCUCGGAAGGAACACAUGACGUACACAAAUUUAUUAUGUUCUGUACUAUACAG